AUGGGAAACAUUCUCGAGUCAAUCGGUGUGCGCAUUGAUGCCGACAACACGUUCGUUCAGGCUGCGGUGUAUGGCCUUCUGGUGAUUGGCAUUGCUUCAUUCGCAGCACCCAUCAUCAGCACGAUUCGCGUCCUGCUGAGUUUGUUUGUCCUGCCAGGCAAAUCCCUCAGCACGUUCGGGCCUCGCGGUACCUAUGCUCUGAUCACCGGUGCCUCUGAUGGCAUUGGCAAGGAGUUUGCCCUUUCACUCGCCGCAAAGGGCUACAACUUGAUUCUCGUCUCGCGAACCCAGUCGAAGCUCGACAGCUUAUCCUCUGAAAUUUCCGCCAAAUAUGGUCCAAAGAUCACGGUCAAGACGCUGGCUAUGGACUUUGCGCAGAACAAGGACUCCGACUACCAUAACUUGAAGAAGCUCAUUGAGGGGCUCGACAUCAGCAUCCUCAUCAACAAUGUGGGAUUGAGUCACAGCAUCCCAGUACCAUUCGUCGAGACGCCCAAGCAGGAAAUGAACGACAUUAUUAUCAUCAACUGCAUGGCGACACUGCGCGUUACACACAUUGUCACACCUGGUAUGGUCUCGCGGAAGCGUGGUCUUAUUUUGACCAUGGCUUCCUUUGGCGGCUUCUUUCCUACGCCUCUCCUCGCAACAUACUCUGGCAGCAAGGCCUUCCUUCAGCAGUGGUCAACCUCGCUUGGUUCCGAACUCGAACCGCACGGUAUUACUGUCCAAUGUGUACAAUCUCACCUAAUCACCACCGCCAUGUCAAAGAUCCGCAAAACCUCUGUCCUCGUGCCCAACCCAAAACAAUUCGUUCGCGCAACACUUAGCAAGAUUGGUAGGAGUGGUGGCGCACAGAACGUGGCCUUUACAUGCACGCCAUACUGGAGUCACGGUCUUAUGCAGUGGUUCCUCUCCCGCUUUUUGGGCGAGAGGUCGCCCAUUGUUGUUAAAGUGAAUAGGGGUAUGCACGAGAGCAUUCGCAAGCGUGCGCUCAGGAAGCAGGAACGUGAUGCGAAGAAGCAGUAG